GGGGCUGGGGCUAGAGGUAGCUUCCGGCUUGCACUGUGUUGCUGGUUCCGCACGUGUGUCGUCCUUUCGGGAUCGCGGGUUACAGCUGCGCCUGGUGGAUUUGUCCGGCCGGGACUACCUGCAGACUUCAGGAUGAAAGCCAGAAGAAAUAAAAAACAGGUCCCCAGCUUUCGGAAGUUGCUAAAAACUAGUAAAGUCAAACUUGAAAACAAGCUAAAAAAUAAACAAUUUAAACAACAAAGCACGCUCAAGAAGUACCGAAAAGAACAGAGGAAACUAAGGCAAGCUGUAAGAGAUGCUGUGUCUAAGAAACCUGUUCCACUGGAGGACCCAAAAGAAAAACGACCAGGUAAAAGGAUUGAGAGGGAAGAGGAAGAAGAAGAGGAAGCCCUUCCUUUAGAUAUGAUGGAUGAAGAUGACUUACAGUUAAUGAAGGAUUUAGGACAAAGAGCAUCUUUUCUAACGAGAGAUCUUUCUUCUAGUGAGCCUAUUCACGCCAAGAAACGAAAGCAUGAGCGUGUUAUAGAUAAAUAUGAAAAAAUACCAAGAACCCUGCAAACUGCACCAGAGAAGGAACUGAUUCACUUGCUUCCUAUCAAAGAUAAAAGUGGUAUAAUCCCACAAACCAGGGAGAAACCAGUUACUGACAGUAACCAAGAUGAAGAGGAUCAGGAAGAGACGGAACCUGAGGAAGAGAUCGUUGAAGAACCCAUUCGAGAGCUGACGUUAGAAGAACAUUUAAUUGAAAGGAAGAAGAAACUACAGGAGAAGAAAAUGCAUAUUGCAGCCUUGGCAUCUGCCAUAAUAUCAGAUCCAGAAAGUAAUAUUAAAAAAUUGAAAGAAUUACGUUGUAUGCUGAUGGAGCAGGAUCCUGAUGUGGCUGUUACUGUUCGAAAGCUGGUGACAGUUUCUCUGAUGGAGUUAUUUAAAGACAUUACUCCUUCGUAUAAAAUACGACCCCUGACAGAGGCAGAAAAAUCUACCAAGAUCCGCAAAGAAACUCAAAAGUUAAGAGAAUUUGAAGAAGGCCUGGUUAGCCAAUAUAAAUUUUAUUUGGAAAAUUUGGAGCAGAUGGUUAAAGACUGGAAGCAAAGGAAGCUGAAGAAAAGUAAUGUAGUUUCCUUAAAGGCAUACAAGGGCCUGGCAGAGGUGGCAGUGAAGAGCCUGUGUGAGCUGUUGGUGGCCCUGCCUCAUUUCAACUUUCACAACAACAUCAUUGUAUUGAUUGUUCCUCUCAUGAAUGACGUGUCAAAAUCGAUAUCUGAAAUGUGUUGUGAAGCAGUAAAGAAACUCUUUAAACAAGAUAAAUUAGGCCAAGCUUCCUUGGGUGUAAUUAAAGUGAUUUCUGGUUUUGUGAAGGGCAGAAAUUAUGAAGUUAGGCCAGAGAUGUUAAAAACAUUCUUGUGCCUAAGGAUCAAAGAAGUAGAAGUGAAAAAGGAUACAGAGGAUAUUAAUAAACCAAAAAAAUUCAUGACUUUCAAGGAAAAGAGAAAAAGUCUAUCAAGAAUGCAGAGAAAGUGGAAGAAAGCAGAGGAGAAACUAGAGAGAGAGCUUCGGGAGGCAGAGGCUUCAGAGAGUACUGAGAAAAAACUUAAACUGCACACAGAGACUUUGAAUAUUGUGUUUGUAACCUACUUCAGAAUAUUGAAGAAGGCCCAGAGGUCACCUCUCCUGCCAGCAGUUCUAGAAGGUCUUGCCAAGUUUGCCCAUCUUAUAAAUGUGGAGUUUUUUGAUGAUUUAUUAGUAGUUCUGCAUUCUCUCAUUGAGUCUGGUGACCUAAGCUAUCAAGAAAGUCUGCACUGUGUCCAGACCGCUUUUCAUAUUCUUUCUGGGCAAGGUGAUGUUCUGAAUAUUGAUCCAAUGAAAUUCUAUACACAUCUUUACAAAACACUGUUCAAGUUACACGCAGGUGCUACCAAUGAAGGUGUUGAGAUUGUGCUCCAGUGCCUUGACGUCAUGUUGACUAAGCGCAGAAAGCAGGUUUCACAGCAGCGGGCCCUUGCCUUCAUCAAGCGCCUUUGUACCCUUGCUCUUCACGUUCUUCCAAAUUCAAGCAUUGGCAUUUUGGCAACUAACAGAAUAUUAAUGCAUACUUUCCCCAAAACAGAUCUGUUGCUUGACAAUGAAUCUCAGGGAAGCGGAGUUUUCCUUCCUGAGCUGGAGGAGCCCGAGUACUGCAAUGCUCAGAACACUGCCCUUUGGGAAUUGCAUGCACUGCGGCGACAUUACCAUCCCAUUGUGCAGAGAUUUGCAGCGCACCUCAUCGCUGGAGCCCCUUCUGAAGGCUCAGAAGCACUCAAACCAGAGUUGAGCCGGAGAUCUGCUGCAGAACUUUUUGAGGCUUAUAGCAUGGCAGCAAUGACAUUCAAUCCUCCUGUUGAAUCUUCAAACUCCAAAAAGAAGGAUAAAGUUUUACAGGGGGAUUCAUUUUUGCAUGAAGAUUUAAAUCAACUAGUCAAAAGACAUUGCAAUGAAGUUUCUACUCAGUUGCCUCUGGAUUUCACCAAAUAUUUGGAAACAUCACUACGGUAGUAGAAAAAUGAAGAAUCAUUGGACUUUCUUGUAUAUUUGUGUGUGUAUGCAGAUGCCAUAAAGAUAGAUUGUUAAUUUGGGACCUUCUCCUUUUAUACAAGGGAAACUUCCCAAGAAAAUGAACAGAGGAGGAAGAAUUACCCUUUGCAUGGCACUGGGUUCUGUACCAAUUCUGAAAAUGUGCACAGGAAAAUCCAGACCCUGAGAUGGCUUUUUACCAUUCAGUUACUUUUUAUUACCAAAUACUCUUUAUAAGCAGAUAAAUCUAUUUUUAUUGCAACACCAUGAUGGAAGUGAGAAAUGUUCUAAAUUUGAAUGCAUAUAUUUUUAUGAAGAUUUCUGAGAAAAGAAAAAAAUAGCUUGAAAUUGGAAGCCAGGUUCAUUGGCUCUUACUGGAUGAUUUACUAGAAGUAACAUAAUUUGGCCUGUUUGAAAAAGAGAGUGUUCAUCAUGGCUACUUUCAAAGAAAGUUUGAAUGGGAUUCUAGUCUCUUCAAAGCUCUUCGCAUUUUCUGACACUCUCUGGAGGGUGACGGGGGAAGAAUUGCUCCCUGGUAGAAAAACCAAGUCUGAGACCUUAACCAUUCUGUUUUAAGGAUAAAGGGUACCCAGUGUAGGGCUUUUAUUUAUUUAUUUUUUUUGUAUGGAUGAAAUGCCUAUUAUGAAUAUAAUUAAAAAGCAGUAUUUUGUGUAAUAGCUGUUGCCAUGUUUUAGGAAUGACCUAUGAAAUAAGAGUUCUAAUGACCAGGUUAUAAAUAUUCUCUUCUGUAAAUAGUUGAUAACACAG